AUGAUUUAUUCUCGUGCUGGCCGUGUUCCUGAUCUCUCUCUUUCUCUCUCACGCACGGCUACCGACUAUCACCACCACCACCAUCUAGCACCCUCCUUUUUCUCUUGUUCGCGGCCGACAGCGGAUCUGUGCUUGUUUUUUCUCUUUCUUUCCUGUUUGGCGACGAUGAAGUCUUACCGAGCUCCGGCGUUCUUCCAACAGGGUCGCUACAUCCCAAACAAGGUUCUCGGUACAGGUACGUAUGGGCAGGUGAUACGGUGCCACGAUACUCUCACAGACAAAGAUGUCGCUGUGAAGGUCGCGCAAAGUGACGCCGCGUACCGUCGCUCCGCUUUGAACGAAAUCAGCGCUCUGCUAUGCCUCAAAGAAAACCACGACUCUGCGAACAUUCUGGACUCCUUCGAGGACGCCGGACAUGUUUGCAUUGUCUCAGAGUUGCUGGACCGAAACCUCUUUGAGGUACUGCGAAAUCGUGGCUUUGGUCCGCUGUCGCUGAGCGAAGUGCGCCAAGUCGCUCUGCACGUCUUGGGCGCCCUGUCCUCGCUCCAUAACAGCGGGUACAUGCAUUGCGACAUCAAGCCCGAGAACAUAAUGCUGCGCUACAGCACCCCCGUCAGCUCUGAUUCCUCCUCGCCAGUGCUGGGACCCUCCCCGAGCGAGAAUUCCAGCAGUGGACUGUCGAACAAGAGCGGCGAGCACAACAACUUCCCAAACGUACAGCCGCCCGGACUAGAGACCCUGAAGCUGGACACCAAUGCCAAUACCCACAAUCAGCUCUGGCGUGACGUGCACUCGAUUGACUCCUUCGGGAACACGCAUAACGUGGCCUCCCAGGACAGCGAUCGGAACACGGGAUUUUCCUCGCGCACCGGCAACCGUCUUGGGGGCUACUCGCAGCAGCAGCACGGACAGCGCGGCAGCGGCGACGUCACAGCUGCGAUCAGCAGCGCGGACGUGCGUCACAGCAGCAGACUCGAUGCACUCUUCAGCAUGUCAACCGCCUCAGCAGGCACCCCCGGCACCGGUAACAAUAGCUGCAACGACCUACGUGUGGAUCGCAAUAUGCUGAGCAACAAGGGUAACGAGUGUCAGGAACGGAAAAAAUGCAGUCCCGAUUCUAAUCCGUACUGCCGCACGUGCCUGAUCGACUUCGGCGCCGUGCGCCGCUUCAACGAGAACACGUACUACGAUGUGCAGUCACUCUGGUACCGUGCACCGGAGGUAUUGUGUGGGCUUCCAUACACCGCCGCAAUCGACUCCUGGAGUGUUGGCUGCGUCCUCUUCGAACUCUUCACCGGCAAACCGCUUUUCCCGGGCGAGAACCUGCAGCAUCAGCUCUCACUGAUUGUCCAACACGUUGGCCAUCCGUCUAAGGCGGCGCUUACGCUGGGAUGCUUGGCAGCGCAGUUCCAGCUUCCCAUGGCGUAUAUGUCGCCUGAUGCGCGACGGGAGCACAUGCGGCAGUGGAUUUUUUCCGCCCGCGAGGCAGGGCUGCAGCGGUGGCGCAAGCACCAGAUGCAGAAACUGCAAGAGGUUCACAUGGCCGGCAACCAGCAGCUGCGGUCUCGCCGUACCGCCGAUGCUCCGAACGCCAAGAUGGAGGAGGACGCUCUGUUAGCCGCUACUCCCUACGGCGACUCGGACGUGGAUGGGACUUCAGAGGAGCUGGAGCGACUUGUCGACCUGAUCUUGGACCUAUUGCAUCCUGACGAGUCGCAGCGACUGAGCUGCGCACAAGCUCUGUGCCAUCCGUUCCUGAACAACAUCCCGCAGUCCUGCAAGGCUACCCCGUACCCGUACACCGCUACCCCAGCUGCCUGCUUUCCGCCUAUGUCUGCCACGUCGGCGGCGAUGCCGUGCAUUAUGGCUACAACCACCACUGGACAGCCGGUAAUGAUGACCACCUCGCCGUUGAGCGUGCCGAUGGGAUGUUCUCCUUUGAGUCCAUUUGUGGUGCACUCAGUCCACUCCGCCCCAGCCGCAGCCGUGCCCUUCACCGUAGCGCCAGUGGAGUCAAUGCUGGGGAUGGAAACGAAUGUGUCACCUCUCAGUGCUCCCUCGCAGCAUCAGCCUGCUCAGACGUUCAACACUUACCCCACUGUCGCGGCCCCGACAGUGUACACUACCAAUACCACGGGGCAGGUGAUGCAGUGUGCUGUGCCAGUCUUCACACAGGUGACUCACCGAGUCGCUUCAAACGUUGGCCCCGCGUUUCUGCCACUUGGCAUGACAACACAGAGCCCGGUCGGUGGUGUCUAUUGCUCCCCUACCGCAACUACAUCGCAGCAGCAAUACCCACCGUCGGGAAUGAACAUAUCGCCCACUUUCUCACCAGCUGGGGCGCUCGUACACGCGCAUAUGCCGUUGGCAUUCACACCAACCGCAGCUUCCAAUCCCUCCACCGCCGCCUCCGUAGCAUCAGUACAACCCCUCGGUGUCCCGUCGUACGUGCUUGCAAGUGCGGGCACGGCUCCUUGCAUAUGCGACUACUACUCUGACAUGGCCCCACCCGGGAUGCCGCCUUAUGUUCUGUGCCAUUUUCAACCGCACCACGCCUGCACCACGGUCGUCUCUCCCUGA